AUGACGCACCACUGCACCAAGUUCUCCGGCCACUGGAAGAUCGUGGUUUUCGACGAGGAGUGUUUCCAGGGCCGGCGUCACGAGUUCACCUCGGACUGCGUCAACGUGAUGGACUUGGGCUUGGAGACGGUGCGCUCCUUGCGCGUGGAGAGCGGCGCCUGGGUGGGCUACGAGCACGCUUCCUUCCAGGGGCAGCAAUUUGUUCUGGAGCGGGGCGAGUACCCCCAGUGCGACGCCUUCGGUGGCAGCAACGCCUACCAUGUGGAGCGCUUGACCUCCUUCAGGCCCGUGGCCUGCGCGAACCACCGGGAGUGCCGCAUGACCAUCUUUGAGCGCGAGAAUUUCCUGGCUCGCAAGGGCGAGCUGAGCGACGACUACCCUUCCUUGCAAGCAAUGGGCUGGUGCAACAACGAGGUGGGAUCCCUCAAGGUCCAGUCUGGCGCCUUUGUGUGCUACCAGUACCCUGGUUACCGUGGUUACCAGUACAUCGUGGAGUGCGACCGCCACUGCGGCGAGUACAAACACUUCAAGGAGUUUGGCUCGCACUGCCAGACGCCGCAGAUCCAGUCCAUCAGGCGCAUCCAGCAGUAG